AUUUCCAAUGAAAUGCUGCAUCUGCCUUGCAGCAUUGCGUUGCAGAGGCGUAGACAGCUUGCGCUAGAACGACGUGACGUCAUCGGGUCAAAGUUUACAGCUAUGGCGUCGGGAAAUGGAAUUGCUUCUCUGGGCGUGGAGGGAGCUACAGCAGCCGCCCAGGCUCUGUCUCUACCAGCUGAGGCUUAUGGGAACGAUCCUCAACUGGAGGUGAUGUGGGCGAUGAAGGCUUACAAUCAUGCAGAGAUCUACUUUAAUCUUAUCUCGUCGGUAGACCCUAGUAAUCUGAAGCUGACCAAGGUGGAUGACCGGAUCUAUACGUCCUUCAGAGAAUCCUUCUCAGACCUCAACAUCAAGAACCUGGACCCAGACAUGCUCAAAACCGCCGAUGCCAAAGAGAAGUGGCGUCCGUUCUGUAACCAGUUCGACGGGGUGGUGGAGGACUUUAACUACGGGACUUUGCUACGACUUGAUUGUGAGAAGGACUACACAGAGGAAAACACCAUAUUUGCCACCAGGAUCCAGUUCUUUGCCAUCGAGAUCGCUAGGAACAGAGAAGGAUUCAACACCCCUGUAUUCCAGGCCAAAAAACAGCCUUCUUAACCCAUACCCUAAAACCUUUUUAGCCUAGUCUCCAACACCCUAACCAAGGAAGAGUUUCAACAGCCCUGGUUAAACACCCUACCUUUUGACCUAGGUAUGGGAUACUCUGAACCCCACAUCACCUACAACCUCUAACCCAGGAACAGAUAACAUUUUACCAGCCCUGGUUACCAGGCUUAACAUCCCCAUUGCUUGACAUCCAUCUCCUUACACUUUUCCUGUGAUCGUCCACCUUGACAUAUCAGGUCGACUGGAUACUAGACCAGUGGCACGUUCAGCAGGGUACCACGUUGUGGAACGUUCAUAUAUAGAACAAUGACAUCUGCAACGUUUGCUUACUGAGCGUGGCCCAGAGGCCCACACACCAGCCUGCAUCCCACUGUGUGCAUGAGUGCGUGUACUGAUGUCCAAACUGACCAUGGUAGCUACAGAGCCUUCAGAAAGUAUUCACACCCCUUGAUUUUCCACAUUUUGUUACAGCCUGUGGAUGAAGUUGUGAUUGUGUCCCUGGCCUACACAAUACCCCAUAAUGUCAAAGUGGAAUUAUGUUUUCAGAAAAUCUAAAGCCUUGAGUCAAGUAUUCAACACCUUAUAUGGCCAGCCUAAAUAAGUUCAGGAGUAAAAAUGUGUUUAACAUGAUUUAACGACUACCGCAUCUCUGUAACCCACACAUACAGAUAAUUGUCGAGCAGUGAAUUUCAAACAGAUUCAUCCAGACCAGGGAGGUUUUCCAAUGUCUCAAAGGGCACCUAUUGGUAGAUGGGUAAAAAAAAAACAUUUGAACAUGGUUAAGUUAUUACACUUUGGCUGGUUAAUCAAUACACCCAGUCACAAGGAUAAAUGCAUCCUUCCUAACUCAGUUGCCGGAGAGGAAGGAAACCGCUCAGGGAUUUCACCACGAGGCCAAUAGUGAAUUUAAAACAGUUUAAUGGCUGUGAUAGUUUUCUAAGGAUGGAUCAACAUUGUAGUUACUCCACAAUAACUGAAAUGACAGAGUGAAAAGAACGAAGCCUGUACAGAAUAUACAUUUCCCCCAAAAUGCAUCAUGUUUGCAAUUAGGCACCAAAGUAAAACUGCAAACAAUUGGCUAAGAAAUUAACUUUGUCCUGAAUACAAAGCAUUGUUUGAGGCAAAUCCAACAUCACUGAGUACCACUUAAUAUUUUCAUGACUAGGGAGUUUUUUGGGAUACAAAUAAACAGAAUAGAGCUAAGCACAGGGGAAAACCUGGUUGUCAACAGACACUGGGAGGCAUUCACCUUUCAGCAGGACAAUAACACAAGGCUAAAUAUUGUUGCUUACCAAGACGACAUUGAACGUUCCCGAGUGGCUUAGUUAUAGUUGACUUAAAUGGCUGUCUAACAAUGACCAACUUGACAGAGGUUGAAGAAUUUUGAAGAGAAUGUGCAUAUAUUAUACAAUCCAGGUGUGCCAGGAUGAUUCUAACAUGGAUUGACUCAGGGUGUUGAAUACUUGUCUAAAAAUAUAAUUUUCUCCACUUUGACAUGAGUAUUGUGUAGAUUGUUCGCAAAAGGACAAUUUUUUUUAUCCCACUAACAAUGUGGAAAAGGUCAAGGUGUGAAUACUUUAAGGUAUUGUAUAUGUAAUUAGGUUCGCUAAUUUGUGGCAAUAAUUUCUGGGUAUGUUCUUGUACAGUUUGUUUCAAAUGACAAUAUUCUUUAUAGUGAACCACUUUUGACCAGUGUGCUGGCUAAAAGUGUCCUUUUUGAUUUGCCCGAUGUGUGUGUAUCCAACCGCCUUCACUGACUGGUCUCGUGAAUGGUAAAAAUACAUAAAUCUGAAUAAAUUGAAGUCUGGAAUCA